GCACAUCUCUACCACACUAGAUGGCGAUGUUGACUUGUGUUCUUGGUCUGAGUCAAAGUCUCGUGCCUUUCCCUUAUUCAAAACAGACAGCUGUCAAACAAAUGAGUUACUAGUCAGCUAGCUGUUAUUGUCUCUAACGCUAACCGUUACAAGUUUCUAUCUAGCAUAUUAUUAGCUGUAGCAAAUUAUUAUUGUAUUAUCAUUAUCUUGGUUCUUUUGACUCAUUGGUUGCCCAUAAGGUGACGCAAGCUUCAAAUGAAUCAGAUUAGCAAACUAGCAAGUGCUAGCUACAGUAGCUGAGUCGCUAACUAACCGGUUAGCUGAGCUAGGGGUAUUUAUUGUGCGCCGCAGAUUCUGAUUCGUCAAUGCGAGGCAGCUAGCAGCUGUCAGAUAGCCUACGCCAGAGGAACCUCGGCACUCAUCGAUGUCAGGAUGUCAAAGAGAACGAACGCAGUCGCCUAGGACCAGGGACAUGGACAUUUUCACUAAAUGCAUGCAUUUUCAUAUUUUCGAAUGGAGCUGACUGUGCUUGAAUACUAAGACGCUGUUACGAAUAGUCGGGUAUGCGGAAUAAUAAGCCUUCUUAGCACAGCACGUUCAUUGAACACAGGACCAGGUGCCUACAACAUGCAUCGUCUCCCAUCAGAACUGCACGCUCAAGCAUGAUAUGAGACCACUUGGGGUUUGCUGUUUAUAUGGUUUAGUGGGUACAAAUAUGCUUUUUGCUGAAUACCCGUCUGAAAACACCCGUCAACAUUGGUGUGUUGGUUGUCAUUCAUAAAUCUCAGACUAUUCCAUUUCAAGAUGACAGUAGAGGGGACCACGAUAAAGAGCCGGAUUAAAAAUUUGCUGCGCUCGCCAUCUAUUAAACUGAGACGGAACAAGCCUACUAACAACAAAGAAAACCUCAGUAAUAAGGUGACCCUGGAGAAGGUGUUGGGAAUUACAGCACCAGGCAACCGUGCUCUGUCCUGUGACCCUCGCUCUGGCCUUGUAGCCUACCCUGCAGGAUGUGUGGUGGUCCUGCUGAACCCCAAGAAGAACAAGCAGCACCACAUCCUCAACAGCUCCAGGAAGACCAUCACCACGGUAUCCUUCUCUCCAGAUGGCAAAUAUGUGGUUACUGGAGAGAGUGGGCACAUGCCAGCGGUGCGUGUGUGGGACGUGGCAGAGCGGACCCAGGUGGCAGAGCUGCAGGAACACAAGUAUGGGAUCUCCUGCGUGGCCUUCUCCCCCAACAGCAAGUACAUCAUCAGCGUGGGCUACCAGCAUGAUAUGAUCGUCAAUGUCUGGGCCUGGAAGAAAAACGUGGUGGUAGCAGCCAAUAAGGUGUCCAGCAAGGUGACUGCUGUGUCCUUCUCAGAUGACUCCUCCUACUUUGUCACGGCAGGAAACAGACAUGUCAAGUUCUGGUACCUUGACCACACCAAGUCCUCCAAGGUGAACGCUACUGUCCCUCUUCUGGGGCGCUCAGGGUUGCUAGGGGAGCUGAGGAACAACUUCUUCAGUGACGUGGCGUGUGGGCGGGGCCGCAAGGCGGACAGCACCUUCUGCAUCACCUCCUCGGGGCUGCUGUGUGAGUUCAACGACAAACGGCUGCUGGACAAAUGGGUGGAGCUACGGAAAAACGACUGUAUCACAACCAGCCAGGCCACCUCUCUGUCUGUGACAGAGGAUCUGAUCUUCUGUGGCUGUGCAGAUGGGACGGUGCGAGCCUUCAGCCCCAUCAACCUCCACUUCAUCUGCACCCUGCCGCGACCACACUGCCUGGGCUCUGACAUCGCCAGCCUGGUGGAGGCCAGCCACCUCUUCUCCCACAAGACCGACGCCCGCUUUCCUGACACGGUGGCGGUGACCUACGACCCCAGCAGCCGCUGGCUCUCCUGCGUCUACAACGACCACAGUCUGUACGUGUGGGAUGUCCGCGACCUGCGCAAAGUGGGCAAGGUCUACUCUGCCCUGUACCACUCUGCUUGCGUCUGGAGCACGGAGGUGUACCCUGAGGAGCGAGGGGUGGACAAGCCCUGCCUGCCUCCUGGCUCCUUCCUCAGCUGCUCGUCAGAUAACACCAUCCGCCUGUGGAACACCGACACACACAGCACCACGCUCAGCCGCAACGUCAUCAGCAACGACUUGCAGAAGAUCAUCUACAUGGACAACAACACAUCAGGCCUGCUGGACACGGAGUGUGUGGGCACGGCCAACACAGAGAAAACCCCGGACACACACACCUCAGACACACGCACCGGCAUCAGGACCAUGGCCCUCAGCCCAGACGGACAGCACCUGGCCUCCGGAGACCGCAAUGGCACGCUCAGGAUCCACGAGCUGGAGAGCAUGGAAGAGAUCCUGAACGUCCAGGCCCACGACUCUGAGAUCCUCUGUCUAGAAUACUCCAAACCUGAAACUGACAUGAAGCUGCUAGCCACGGCCAGUAGGGAUCGUCUGAUCCACGUGUUGGAUGCCGAGCAGGACUACAGUCUGCUGCAGACACUGGACGAACACUCCUCCUCCAUCACCGCUGUGCGCUUCGCUGCCAACGAGGGCAAGGUGAGGAUGAUCAGCUGUGGAGCGGACAAGAGCAUCUACUUCCGCACGGCCCAGAAGACAAAUGAGGGAAUGGAGUUCACCCGCACCCACCACACCGUACGCAAGACCACCCUGUACGACAUGGACAUCGACCCCACCAGGAAGUAUGCUGCUAUUGGCUGUCAGGACCGCAGUAUCAGGAUCUUCAACAUCAGUAAUGGCAAGCAGAAGAAGCUGUACAAGGGCUCCCAGGGGGAGGAUGGCACCCUCAUUAAGGUCCAGACAGACCCCUCAGGACUAUAUGUGGCCACCAGCUGCUCAGACAAGAACAUCAGCAUCUUUGACUUCUAUUCUGGAGAGUGUGUGGCUACCAUGUUUGGACACUCCGAGGUCGUAACAGGCAUGAAGUUUACCAACGACUGCAAACAUCUCAUCACCGUGUCUGGAGACAGCUGCAUCUUCGUGUGGCGUCUGAACCCGGAGCUGACCAUCAGCAUGAGGCAGCGACUGUCUGACCUCAAACAGAACAGCAAGCCGGCACAGAAGACCCCUCCUCAGAAACCUGGCUCUCUCAGCACCAGGAGGGAUAUCCACAGUGCUCCACCCGUAGUUACCAUGUCAUCUGACAGCGACAAAGAGUUGGAGGAAGAAGAGGGGAUAGAAGAGGAGGAUGAGGAAGACCUCAUCUCUCCAUAUAUGGUCUCUGGCUCCAGCCCAGGGGAGGAGACUGACACCUCGGAUGAGAAGUGCAACUCUCGCAACUCCCACAGCAGAGAGGUCAAAAAGGAGGGCUCGGCUGGGCGGCGCCCCCAAACAGACAGUUCUGGCGCCGGCCCGCGUCCUCGGCGCCGCUGGUCCCGGAGGAUGAGCAGCAUGGACCUGAUGGUCAAGUCCAUGUUGGACCUGAGACAGCUGGAGUCCUUCUCCCUGCAGGAGCCCUCCUCCUCCACCACCGCCACCCUUCUCCCCAGGAGAAGCCAGCCUGCGGUGCCCAGCAGAGAGCCCCAAGGCCUGGGCAGCACCACCAGCCUGCACAUCCCCCCCACCGCCUGGGGAGAGGUGAGGGACGGGAGGUGGCAGCAGAGGCCAGACUUCAUCCUGCUGUCCCCCCAGAGCCCAGAGCCGGACAGAGAGGGCCCUGUGCUCUACCCUGACGGCUGUGAGGACACAGUCAGCCUGGCCGGCAGUGAGUACCAGGUGAAGGAGCUGCCCCGUGUCCCGCUGGGUCGGAGUGUGAAGGAGGGCCAGGACAAACACAGCCCUGACAGCGCCUGCUCUGUGGAUUAUAGCAGCAGCCGGCUGUCCAGCCCUGACCGGCCUCCAGGAGAGGACUCAGAGCCCACUGAGCCCCUCAGUGUGGAUGGCAACUCCUCAGAGCUGGACAUGGAGGAGCUGGAGGGGGAGGAGACCACGGUCACCCCCGUCCCACAGACCCCUGACCAGGAGGCUUUCCUCAAACAGCACUUUGGCACCCUGGCAGACCUGGAAACUAUAGGAAGCCCGACCAGAGCUCAUCAGAACUGUACAGACAGUGUCAGCAUCUCAUCAAAGUUUCUGUCCCAAGGCUCCCAGAGUCUCCAGGGCUCCACUAGCAGAUCGAUGUUUCCAUUCCUGCCUAAAAGCAUUUCCACUGGGGAUAUGAAGCUGGCCAGCGGGGUGGUCCGGCCCCUGGUGUCUGAAGUACGACCCAUCAUGGAACAGAACCAGGACCAGACCAAACAUCCAGUGUGUGCCCCUGAUCAGGGCCAUAGUGUGGCCCAUGAGGGCAACCUCAAGGUCAGGAUCCAGACGGACAUUCAGCUUCAGAGGAAGGGCUUGGAGGACAGGUGCCCCCCUGAGAAGGUGCCCCCCCAGGCUCUGCGCUGCUCUCCCCUGAAGAAGAAGAGCCCAGCGGUGGACCCUCGCAGGAACGCCAGCCCCGUAGCCAAGGCUGCAGCCUCCCACCUCGCCUCCUCUUGCCUCCGUAAGGCCCAGUCGGUCCACAACCUGCACACAGAAGAUCAGUCCCUGUCUGUGGGCCGACCUUCCAAGGAGGUGGCCCCCCAGCCUCAGCCUCAGCCCCAGCCUCAGCCUCAGCAGUUGGCCAUAGAGCGCCCUUCCACCUUGCCCAACACCCCCCGACGCACCCUCCCCAUUGUACCCCUCCCCACCUCCAGCUCCCAGCAGCCCCGGGACAGCGUGGGCAGCAGUGCCAUGGCGGCCACGGCCACCACACCGACCCGGGUCGGGGGCAGCCUCAGAUCCCGCUCCUACAUGAGCCCCACCACCAGCUCCAUGGCCAAGAUGUCCCGCUCGGUUUCCAUGGGAGACAGCCUCGACGUUCCGGAAGCCUGCGAGGAUUCCUGCGUCUCCUCUGAGUUCCGCAGGAGCUCGGCCUCCUCCACCUGCUCUCAGGCCAAACCGCCUCCGGCCGCUUCCACCACCCCUCCCCCUGCUGUAGCCGUGGUAGCAUCCACCAUGGUGAGCCCCGCCCCCUCAGGCUCGACCACGCCCCAGGCAGCUGUUGUCCCCACCCUCAUCACCAGCGUCCCAGCUAACCCCGCCCCAUCCAAGAGCCUGCAGGUCAAGCUCACCGGCAGCACGCGACCCCAGCUCAGCCUGGACGUCACCAAACCCCUCCCAGACAAGCCCUCGCUCGCCUCCUUCUCCCCCAACAGCAAGAACCCCUCCAGAGCCCCCCCAGCCAGCCACACGGCCCCCCCAGCUCCACUCUCCACUAACGUGCAACUGGUCGCUGCUAUGCCGACCUCUACCAGCACUGUAGAGGGCCCAGCUCAGAGCUCCACAACAGAGCAGGGCUAUUGUCCCACGGCAGAGCUGCCCCUCCAGGCCCAUGCAGGCAGCCAACUGGAGCCCCUGAGAGAGGGAGAACUGAUCCAGAUGGAGAACCCAGUGGUAGAGAACAUGCUACCAGCUGUGGCCCAGAACGCAGGUUUGCUCCAGCACUCUCCCUCCUUCAUCCUGUCAUCUCUGCCUGUGCAUCUGGGUCUGGGCCUUAGUCCUGGUCUGUCCUUGUUCUCCACUGAGCUCUGGUCCCUGUCUUCCUCCGCCCCACUGCUCUCUUCACCCUCUUCAUCCAUUAACCAGCACCUUCCAACUGAUGUGUCUUUGAGUGUGGAGUCAUGCAAAGCAAUGGCCAGUGAGCUUCAGAGCACCUUCAAGAAAGUCUCCAGCCUCUACAGAAUGGUGAACAGUGUGUCUGCAGAGUCCAAUCAGGAGCAACGUGAAAUGGCCAGGGUCCUAUCAGAGGCCUUUGAUGCUGUGAGGGCGGAAUUAAACUCUCUGCCAGAGGGCGGGGCCAGUGCCAGCAUCCCAGAAUCCCCAGUGCCCCUGUGCAUGCUGGGUAGCCACGCAGCACCAGGGGAAGGGGAGGAGAGGACUCUGGCUCUGCUGGAACAGUACUCUCAACUCCUGCUACAGGCUGUGGAGAAAAGGCUGGACAACAAACUCACCUAGAGCUCCUCUUCCUCCUCCAUUUCCUUCUCUUCCUCAAGACUGCACCAACCUUCUAGGCAAAUGAAGAAAUUUAAGCCAUUUUUGUGAAUGAUGCUCUGCCCAAAUACAAUGGGCGUCCUUGUUUUAAUACAGUCUCCCCCGCCCCCCAACAUUGUUUAAACAAACAUUAAAAAAUGUCUACGUGUUACGAAGGACUUCAAAGCUUUUUUAGGGGUGUUUUUUGGGGGUGAACAGAAGUUGUCUACCUGUUGGACUCUGGAUCCUGUUAGCCCUGUGUGUUUCAGUGUAAAAGUGAGGGAGAGCGAAGCAGUGAGGAUCUCCCUCUCUCAGCACACACACACGUAACACAAACAGCACAGAUCAAGACCCUCUCUCAGGACCAAACCUCAGCAGUUUGAAACACACACACAUACUACUUCCUCCUCCCUACAGUAGUGGUCUCCCAGGGACUCAACUACGAUGAUGUCACUGUUACAGCUGGGGUGCUUGGGGGGGGGGAGGGGGGUUGCUAGGCAUUCCUUAGUUACAUUACUAGUCUCCAUUACUCUGCGUCUACAAGGAGGACUUCCUGGAUUAGGUCCUGGAGGUCUGGAUGAUGCUUGGACAAUCAGAGGGUAUGGCUGGAAGCCCAUCAGUGCUGUGGAACUGUCCAUGAGAAGUCUGCAUCAUAGAAGGACUAGUGAGUACUGGGUGUCAUGGAGAGAAAAAAAAGCUAACUCACUGGCCUGGGUCUGGAGUAUGAACGACCACAGGACAAUCCUAACUAGUCUCAAACGCAUUGUUAGACUUGAAUCAUGUUUUUUUACUGAGUGAUUUCAUACUGUACAUUUUGAGUGAGUGGAACUGAGGGAUGGUAGGUGUGUGUGUAUUUAUUUAUUCGGUUGUAAAAGCGCCAUUGUGUUAUGAAGGUUGUCCAUGUUCAUUUGUAGUUUUUGGAUAACUACUGACUGUGUGGAAGGCUCGUUUUACAUAAAAUGGGACGCAUAGUAUUACCAGCCUAGUGUAGGCGCUGCCUACACUCCUAAUAGGUUGCAUGUCAUAUACAUGAUUCCAGACUCCAGAGACAAAGCCAAUAAUACUUCUUAACACCCAGCUAAUCUCCCAGUUGUAAAGGAGAUUUGGUGCCUUUAUUUCAGGUCAGGUUUUUUUUUCCCCAAGGUUGACUCAUUACCCAAAAUAUUGUAUGUGGGGCAAUCAAAAGGUUUCUUUUGUGUUUCCAAUGACCACUGAAACGUAGUUGAUGGCAGAAAAGUAAUGUUGAAUCGCUGGACAAUGAUUAGCUGUUUUUCUCUGGACAUGACCCCUAUUCUUUGUUUUCUUAUUUACCAUAUAAAACCCUUUUCAUUCCUGAUAACUGUACACCCCAUGGACUUCAAACAUACCUGUACUGUAAAACACGAGUCAUGUACAGAAUGUUGGUGCCACACUUCACUGGUUACACUCAGAACAAUCACAGUAUACAUAAAGCAUGACCCCACAAUUACCAAGAUGCCCUUGUUCAAUUACUUGAUAUUUUAAUGAACCUCCGGAAUUGCUUUAAGGCUAAGACACAGAUAUGCAGUAGGCCUUGUAUUAUAUACAUAAGACUGGAAACACUAAAAAAGACGGAGGAUUGUAUCUUUUUGGACAGUAGAACAAGAUCAGAACUGCCGCUACCUUUUAGAUGUAAGUUUUUACUGCUGGCAUGAAUAUAUUUGCAUGUAGGGUAUCAGGAGUAUGUAGUAGGGUGGGUAUGUAUGUAUGUAUGUACGUAGGGUGUGUAUGCACUAUAUGUAUGUAUGUGUCAGGGGUAUUAAUGUAUGUAUAAGGUGUCAAAAGUAUGUAUGUAGGGUGUCAGAGGUUUGUAUGUAUGUAUGUAUGUAUGUAACACAAGGGUUAAGAUGCAUGGUUCUCUAGACUGUCGAGAUUCUGAUGACUGGGUUUCCUCUUGGCCCACUGGGAUCUCCUUAACUCCUGGCUGUGUUCCAGCUCAGAACCAGCACCUGCCUGCAAUGAAACCCCUCAAGUUCCCCUACUGUCAUUUAUUUAUUCAAUACUCUAUGAUUAAUAUUUUGUUUAACAUGGUUUUCCCACAAAGUAAAACAAAACAAGAAGUGCUACAAGAACAUUUGCAUCCCUCAUUAAGAAAUUCUGGACCAAUAAAUAUGCAAAUAUCACAGACCUCACACCUUGCCCCACCACUGCUCUUUGCGCUUGCUUGACAGGUGAAAGUAAAUCAGUUAUAACCAUUUCAGCAGCAUAGUGGGAAUUUUUGGUCAAUGGCUGCAAGCUCCAGGGUCUCUACACACCAUUUUCUCUGUCAAACCUUUCACAACUUUACAACUUUGUUGAUGUAAAUUCUUGUUACUGACAAGUCCACUGGAGCUUUCAGGCUCCUUUGACGGCAUUUGCAUAUUAGACAGUGAUUGGCUUUCGAAUGUGACGUACCAAAUCUAGUUUGCCAGGGAAACGUUUGAAUCUCUGAUUUUUAAGUGCACAGACACCUCUCACUUUAGUAGAGGAACGUGAAAAUGCUUCUAGUGGAAAAUCUUUCCACAGAUGCAUGUCAGUAUUGUCACGGUUAAACAUUUUAGGAGACACUAAUUUGAGAAAAACACAUUGCGUGGAGUGUUUCUGUGAGGUGUGUUAUUGCUGCACUUAAAUACCUAACUUAACUACCUAAAUUCAUAAGUGUUAACUUUAGAUAAUCUGAAGGGGCGUAGGCUAAUAUGACUACCCCAUUGGUUACAUGAUGCCAGAAUCAAACUGUUAAAUAAUUCAAUAUUGUAUUGGAACUUGGUCUGAAACUGGGCUGGAACUUGGGUCAAACUGCUAGAACUGGAGAAUGGAGAAACAGAGGUAGCAUUAACUAACCUCGUCUUUUGUACAGUAUGACAAUAUGAUAAUGCAUCUGUCUUAGUUACAGAUAGACCAGAUGUUUUGUCUUUAUUCUAGGAAAUGACCCUUCUGAAAUGUGUGAAUCUGUUACUUCUCUUGUUUUGCUCCAACCUCAGUUCAGUGUUUUUAACCUUGAUGUUUCUACUGUGUAUCCUCAAGUUCUCUACAGGAGAAUAAACAUUUAUUAUUACACUCCA